CUUGCAUUGAAUCUCAACGUACCCGAUUGAGAUACUCCCCAUUGAGAUACUCGAUCUGAAGUCUGCAAUCAAUCCGAGUAUAUCCAUCUCCAAAAGGCAUACCUGUAGUCAAGACAAGGUCACCGUCGGAAAGUCGGUGCUCGGAAAGCGGGAGUGCAGGCGAUGCCAAGCAGCAUGACGCCGAGUGCAGAAGGCUCAAAGAAAGUUGAGAAGGCAGACGGAAGGCCAGAAAUCUGAACAUCUGAUAUACGCCCCGUCGCAACCACUCUUUGACCUCCACCAGCUCGGUACCAUACGCUCGCUAUAACUGGACCUUCCGUCGACAGUGGAAAAGCGCAUCCGAGGCGCACUCGAAGGCCCCCAUGGUAUUAGCCCGCGUGGCUGAAUACUUGUUUCCGUCCGACACCAUUUCACAUUAUGCUCCGUCAGAGGCGGCGAAGCAGCAACGAGAACGCCAGGCGAAAAUAGUGCAGCAGGAGUCGAUAAUGGACGAGGAAGACAUAGACGCGGCUCGUCCGCCAUACAUUCACGCAAUGGUCGCUGGAGGCCUGGGUGGGUUGAUGGGCGAUAUGCUCAUGCACUCGCUCGAUACGGUCAAGACCAGGCAACAAGGUGACCCUCACAUGCCUCCGAAAUACACAUCCAUGGGCUCGACCUAUCGCACCAUCUGGCGACAGGAGGGACUGGUACGGGGACUGUAUGGAGGAGUCACUCCUGCUUUCCUUGGAUCCUUUACUGGUACUCUCACCUUCUUUGGCGCCUAUGAGUAUUCUAAGCGCACCAUGAUCGACUAUGGCGUCAAUCCAUCUGUCGCAUACUUCACCUCUGGCUUCUUUGCCGAUCUCGCCGCUUCGCCCUGGUACGUCCCUUCCGAGGUCCUCAAGACUAGGCUGCAGCUGCAAGGCAAAUACAACAAUCCAUAUUUCCACAGCGGCUACAAUUACCGCGGCACAUGGGAUGCUUUCAGAACAAUUAUUCGCGUCGAAGGAUGGAGGGAGAUGUUCUCUGGAUACUCUGCCACAUUGGCACGCGACCUACCAUUUUCCGCUCUACAAUUCGCCUUUUACGAACAAGAGCAAAGGAUAGCAAGAGCUUGGAUGGGGAGCAAAGAUAUUGGUCUGCCGUUGGAGAUCUUUACGGGAGCCAGCGCUGGAGGAAUGGCUGGAGUCAUCACGUGUCCGUUGGAUGUGGUAAAGACUCGCAUCCAAACCCAACUGGACCCUGAGUUUGCGCAUGCUCCUGUAUCGCAAGCAUCAAAGACUGGUCCAAAGGUCAGUCCAGCCAGUGCGACACAUAGGCCUACCGGACAAGCGCAUUCGAUACAAGAAGCCAAACGACCGAUAUCGACUGGAGGUCCGUCUACUGCUUUGCGAAACCACGGAGCGGUCGCCCUCGAGACCGAGAAUGUAAUUGCAGGCUUGAAGGUCAUCUACAAGCACGAGGGCUUCGCUGGCCUUUUCAGAGGUGUGGGCCCUCGUUUUGUGUGGACCAGUGUCCAGAGUGGCACCAUGCUUGUAAUGUAUCAGCAGCUCCUGAAAUAUUUCGAGAUAGAUCCGCUUUUUCCCUCCGACGAGGACGAGAUGGCCAUGUCGUAAAAGGAGGAGCGCAUAGACCUGUAUUAUAAGAACGGGUAGUGGAACAGUGGCAUUUCAGGGGCGUUUCAUCUGUAAGCCCAAGUCAUGAUAGACGCAUAUUGGAGCGGCGUUUUCUUGCGAUCUGGACGUUUGUAUUUUCGCUUUGUAGAGUGUUCGGUUCACCGCCGUAGACUUUUGUAUAUCAGAACCCAAUACCUACUCACUUCCUCU